UCUUCGGUAAGAGUAAUUUUCAUGAUCGUAGAAUAUUACACUUCCAAAAAUUAAAAAUGAUGGACGAUUUGGCACCAAUUUCAGCUCAAGAAAGAGCUAAACGUUCAGUUUUUGUUGGUAAUAUCCCAUAUGAAGCUACAGAAGAAGCUUUAAAGGAGAUAUUUAUACAAGCAGGACCUGUUGUAAGCUUCAGGUUGGUAUAUGACAGAGAAACUGGUAAACCAAAAGGUUAUGGUUUCUGUGAGUACCAGGAUGUUGAGACUGCUCAAAGUGCGUUACGUAAUCUCAAUAAUACAGACUUUAAUGGACGACCUUUACGUGUGGGAGUUGCUGCUGGAGAAUCUAACAAAGAUGAAAUGGCUGGAAUGCAGCAAGCUCUUGGUGGACCAAUUCUUGAGAGUCCCUAUGGUGACCCAAUGGAACCGGAGAAAGCCCCAGAAGCUAUAUCUAAAGCUGUAGCCAGUCUUCCUCCAGAGCAAAUGUUUGAACUCAUGAAACAAAUGAAGCUGUGUAUACAAAACAACCCAACAGAGGCUCGAAACAUGUUGUUACAGAAUCCCCAGCUAGCGUAUGCACUGUUACAGGCACAGAUUGUCAUGAAAAUCGUUGACCCUCAAGUUGCUAUGGCUAUGUUACAUAGAGAUAGUUCCCAGGUACCACCAACAGGAAGUGCCGCUCCGACACCAGCUACAUCACAAGCCCCAAUGCAGCAGGCACCUGUUAUUCCACCACAGUCACAGCCAAAUAUGCCAGAUGCAUCUAUGAUGGGAGGUCCACGUGGGCUGGGUGGAUUGCUAGGUAAUAUUCCUGUAUCACAAGGUCCUGGUGGUCCUGCUGGAAUGAUGGGAGGCCCUCCAAGAGGUCCAGGAAUGAUGGGUGGUCCAGGACCCCAGGGUAUGGGAAAUAGACCACAACUCUUCCCUUAUUCAAGGUGGAAUGGGUGGGCCAGGUCCCCAGAACAUGGGUGGCCCUGGACCCAAGGAAUGGGAGGUCCAGGACCUCAAGGUAUGGGUGGUCCGGGUCCACAAGGUAUGGGAGGACCUGGGCAAGGACCACCACAGAGACCAGACUUCGGCAGAGGAUCCGCGGGACCAAGACUGAUAGGACAGGGGGAUACAAGAGGUAUGCCAGCUGGUCCAAGGCCAGGUAUGCCCACCAUCAAGUAUGGCACCUUCAGCAAUGCAGAACCUCAUG